CCCCAAGUUCCCAAAAUCAGAACCAAAAACAAAAUUUCGACAUAUUUCUAUAGAAAAGAGUGUUGUAGGAAUCAGCUAUGGCGGGAGGAGGAAACUUUCUUCAGAGGGUCAUUUCUUACGUAGCCAACGAGUUGAUCGUCAAUGGACUCGCCAACAACCAAAGUUUUCAAAGGUUUGCCGUAAGGACCUCGAAGAGAAUAGAUGAUAUAUCUAAAAUGGCUGUGCAGACCAAGCGAAAAAUUGCUGACCAGAUCAAGGAUGCGUCAAAAAACUUUGAGUCUUUCAAGAACAAGUAACUUGGAAGCAAUGGUGUAAGGAUGUACAAAGUUUCCUUUUUCUCCCUAACUAAUUGAAGAAAAUUGAGUCCUUGUUUCUGUGUGACUACAAAGCCUCGAGGAUAAUUGCAGUUCUGUAAUGUGGCUUUGUUGCACAUGGAGGUGUAGAAGUGAUCUUAGUAAUGAUGCCAUAAUGUUGCAUCGUAUUGUUUUCCCAUUUUUGUCGCUUUUGUGAUGCGUUUUGCAAGUAGCUUGUCAAUUUCGAAUCAUGCCUCUAGAAAGCAUGUGAAAAAAGUGCACAGAGUAGCUGCUCAAACUUUGGUGAAUCUAUGCUCUAUAGCUUGACAUUUUAUCUUUUAUGUACAGGAGAGGCUAUGAGAAUUGAGAACUAUGCACACCUUUAGUCUUGUACUGAAUUUUCUACAAGCACACAGAUUUUGGAAAAGCAUUUGUUCAUUCUUUUUGUAAGCUUAAAUUAGCCUAGUGAUUUGACCCUCUUUCUUUGUAGG